AUGUCAUUACCAUCAUCGAUUAGUAAUGACAUCAACGAGUCCUUCCGUGAUGAAACUAGUGACAGGAAGGGAAAGUCAACUGGUAAAAGCGUCUUUAAGAAGUUGCGUCAGUCCAUCAGUGUUGCAAUUCCCCGGAAGGGCAAGAAUGAAGGCAUUUCCAGUAGCGACGACGACGAGAGUUUCGGUGAGAAGAAAUCGAAACGAAAGAAGGGCAAGACGGCGAUUUCGGAAGAAAAUGAAAGCGCCGAAUCCAACAUUGAAGUUGAUGAUUUCCUAAAGGCUUUGGACAGCCAGUUUGACGCAACCCAAGAGCGUAUUGGUGAUGGCAAACAAAAAAGCAAAAAGAAAAAGACAAGGAAGUCAUCAUUGGAAUCUUUGAUGGACGAAGAAGGCGAUGGUGCAGGUGUCAAAACAAAAAAGAAGAAAAAGACAAGGAAAUCUACCUUGGAGACUUCCGAGCGUCAAGCCGAUGCUACUGCUCCAGAAUUUCCCGAUGGCAAGAAACGAAAGAAGAAAAAGAAACCAAAACAAGCAGAAGUCUUUCACGAUGAAUAUGGUGGCAAUGAGCCAGUACAUGUGGAGCCAAUGCCUUCUGAAGACGGAAUGAAAAGAAAGAAGAAAAAGAAAAAGUCGAAACCUAUGGAUGGUGCCGACAGCAUGAAUGCUGUUGCUAUUGAAGAUGGGGGUGAAGGAGAGGUGAAGCCAAAGAAAAAGAAGAAAAAGAGAUCGUCAGAGAUUCCAGAUGCUUUUCCUGUAGAAGAUCUAGCAGCAAGCACCAGAAGCACAGGCAAAGGAAAAGGAAAAGGAAAAGGAAAGGACAAACCGAAAUCGAACAAGAAGAAGUCCAAGAGAAAGUCCGAGUUCAACCCAUCGUUAGUCGAGGAAGUUGAUGUUAUGGCGGACAAUGAUCCAAAGACGAGUCACCAAGCUGUCGAGAAGGGGAAAACAGAAGAUCCGAAUCCAAGUGCCUCGCAAAUAGAAGGUCGCUGCAUCUCGCCAUCCAAUGUUGCAACUGAAAACACGAUUUUGGCUUGCUAUACCAGGGUUGCCGUCGACCAACCAGUUCCUUUUCAUUUGACCCAAGACGACAACGGCUCAAUUCUUAUUCAAGACAUCGAUUCAAAGUUCCAAGCAACCACCGGGAUUCAAGUGGGCCAGCGAGUUUUGCAACUCCAAGAGAAGGAUAUUGCGUCGUUUCAAAGCUUACAAGACAUCCAACGGACUGUACAAGAGACCUUGGAUUUGAACAUAAUUCUGAUGAAGUUUCCGGAUGAAAAUGAAAGAGUAAAGAGUCUUGAUACAAACAUUCAAUCCAAUAUUGUUGAGACCGAUGUUGUCGCGGGAGAUGAAGGUGACGAACAAAAGCAACUCCUAGUUGAUCCUGAUUUGUAUGAAUUUGAAACCGACACGGAAGGAGAAGACGGGGAAGUUUCAGAAGGGGUUUUCAAUGAUCCUCAGCACGGUGACAUGGUGUUUGAAAAGAAAUCAAAUGAUAACGACGAUUCCUCGUUCGAAUCGUGGGAGAGCGACACAUCCGAGAAAGAGAAAGCAACUAGGGAAGUUGCUACCUCACAUACCGAACCACAGAUCGAAGACAAAGCUCCUCCAGCAGAAACUCACCAUGACAAUGAUCAAUCCUCAGUUGAGUCUGACUUUUGGGAAAGUGAUACGGAAGAGAAUGGCGGUAAAGUGCCCGGAAAAGUGGCCGAGACAUCCCCAACCGAACCUAUCCCUUCUGCAUCAAACCAUCAAUAUGACAACGACCAGUCCUCAGUCGAACCUGACCGCUGGGAAAGUGAUAUGUCUGAAAAGGAAGAGAAAAAGGGCGAAGAUAUCGCCAAGGAACCGUCAAUCGAGCUGACGCUUGAUACAUCUAAUCUACCGGUACCCAAUGAAAACGACCAAUCCUCAGUGGAAUCUGAUUGGGAAAGCGACGAAUCUGAGGCACGUGAAUCACCCAAGGAAAUUCUAAAUCUAAUCGCACCCAAAUCAAAUCUCGCAACGAUGCGACAAGACAAUAAAUCAGACAUUUUGCCAAGUGAUACAUCUCAAAAUGAAGACGAGACGACUGAUGACAUGGUUGAAAGCACCAGUGGAGAGGUACCACCCAAGAAUGAAACAGAACCUGAUACAAUGGAAACACAGCAAAUUGAAAAUGAAAAUGUACGCAUUGUUGAAGACUUGACGUCGGACUUGGGUGAUGGCCACCAGGAGAACAUAUCAAUAUCAUCUCACAACUCUGAUUCGGAAUUGGAUAACGACCAAGAUGCAGGCAUUGUGGAUGAAAGUCUAGGCAAAGGUUCGUUACAAGCUGAAAUUAAGCAGGAAACCGUUAACGAAGCAACGGAAGCUCUUGCUGCUGAUAUUUGCGGCGCCCCUAUGGAUUCCGUUGACGAGCCAAAGCAAGACAAAGACCAAGCAGAACCGAAGUCGCCUUAUGCUACAAGUUCCGACAAUGUCACAGCCUCUGAAGACAGCAGCAGCAGCAGCAGUAGUGGCAACGACAGCAGCAUCAGCAGCAAUAGCAACCGCAGUACCGGCAACAAAGCCACCAAUCCGGGCUUGUUACGAUCGCAAAGUAACGCUGAAGGCGAUAUCGCUGCCAUUGAUUCGCUUGUUGCAGAGGAUACAGAUAUAGUGUCGAAAGAGCAAUCGAUGCAUGGCGACGAUACCCAAGAGAAAGAAUCGAAAGAUGUAAUAGAAGGUGGUGAGAAAAUCGGAGGCCUUUUUUCGAAUUUCAAAAGGCUCUUUGGAUCUGAGACCCAGGGGGACGACGGGGCAAACCAUUCUGCAAAAAAUUCAGCUGACAACGAAGAUUUGAAAAGCGGAAAGAGCAGCGAGGAGACAAAAUCACCCAAUACAGUUCUCAAUCCAACCGACAAAGGUAAUGUUCAAGAAGCACCAGAGGAUGAUGAACAUGAUCCCGAAUCGGCAAACACAACAGCACUGGCUGAAACAAAAGCAGUCGCAGCAAGUAAGAGUCCAGAGCUUUCUGCCGGCGAUAAUAUCAAUGUUGAAAAAAGCGAUGAAAGUGGACCAGAAACAAAUGACAACAAAUCGUCAAAUACGAGAAGUCAAGACACUUAUUCGGAAGAAUCCAUAGAAAAUCCCUUAUUUUCAAAUGUCAAGAAAUUCUUCGGCGGGGAAGCAGUCCAAGAUAACGAGGGCAAACGUUCCAAAGAAACCGAACUGUCAAGAGAUACAGCCGAACCAUCACCAGUGGAAGAUGAUUCGCCACCAUCACCAUCCCAACAGCUUCGUGGAGCUGUCGCUACAGCUGUGGACGGCUGUACAAUGCAGAGUCCGAAAAAUCAUGAUGAACCAUCAUCGCCAGAUGAAAAUCUUCGUGGAGCAGUCACCGCUGUCAUAGCGUCAAACACUUUUGCUGCUGAACAAGUGAAGGGAGAUGAAGCUAGUGAUGACGAGGGACAUGCCAAGGAUAACAAUGCGACCGAGCCAGAGAAUGGUAUCGCUGUACAAGAGGUCCGACACGACGAGCCAUUAUCGCCAGCUCAACUUCUUCGCGGAGCCAUCACUGCUGUCAUGACGUCAAACAAUUUUGGUGGCGAGCACCCUGAACAAAUGAAGGGAGAUGAAGCUAGUGAUGAAGAGGAACACGCCAAAGCUAACAAUGUAACUGAGCCAGAGAAGCGUGUCGUUGUUGAAGAUCUCCAACAAUCCAAAAACACUAAGGAGGAUGAAGGGAACGCCAGGGCUUGCAAUGCUACAGACACAGAGAAUGAUAUCUUACUUCAAGCGGACCCGGAAUCCAACCACAGCACGACAGAAGAACCAUCAUCAUUACCAUCAUCACCAGCACAACUUCUUCAAGGAGCGGUCACAGGAGGCAUGACGUCAAAUACCUUGGUUGUCGAACAAGUUGAUGCGGAGCCAUCAUCGACAGCUCAACUUCUUCGCGGAGCAGUCGCCGCGGUUAUGGCAUCAAACAAUUUAGGUGCUGCAUCAGAAUCUACAGUGGAACCAAUUAGUCCGGUCUCAUCUCGACAUGGUGGCGACGCGAUUCAAACAGAAGAUAGCCAGGCCACUGGUGGACUCUUGUCAAGUUUCAGGAGCUUCUCAGAGAAACUGAUGUCCCCAAAUUCAUUGAAAAGUCCAUCGAAUAGAAAGCUUGAAAUCGAGAAAGAGAAAGAAGAAAAAAUGAAGCUGAUGCUCGAGCAUCUUAGUCUUGACGAAGAUGAAAUUGUGGGAGGGGCAGAAAUGCAAGAGAAGUUGAUAAGGGAGCACCAAGAGGAAACGGCAAGGCUUACACAAGACGACAAAUAUUAUAAACUUGACUCUAAACUGGACUCCAAUACCCAUCUUGAAUCAGGUUCGAGCACUAGCGUCCCUGAAGAGCUAGCCGAGAGUCAACCCGACGAAACUCAGCAACACGCGGUAGGACAAAUCGAGAAUCCCUUUUCUGGUGCCGCCGUCGUUACGAUAGAAACAUCAGCUGCAACAAAUUUCGGUACGCCGACAGCUCUUCCUGAAAACUUCUUGGAGAUUCCGAAAGCUGCGGAAAAUAUUGGCUUCAUAGAGGAUGACACUUUGAAGGGUUUCGGCACGCCCACCACUCUUCCCGAAGACUUUUUGCAGAUUCCUGAGACUGUUUUCAUAGAAGAUGACACUUCGAAAGUUUUCGGCACGCCCACCACACUGCCGAAAGACUUCUUGCAGAUUCCUUCAGUUGGCGAUGGAAGAAGGAUAAACAAAAAAGAACGCCAACUUGAGUACUCUCCAGGAUUGAAAGCUGGGCCACCCGUAGAGAUAAUAUUGGUGGACAUGCAGAAACAAUUGAAUGAAUUGCACGAGAAACUUAAUGAGCAGCAGAGGGCGAGGGAAAGGCUGGAAAAAGAAGCUGAAGUCUGGGAGACUAAAUCAACUGAUCAGGAGGAUCAACUCGAGACAUACAAGGGGAUGAAUGAAGACCUUCAAGAAGAUUAUGACAUGGUUUUGGGAAAAUACAAUGAACAAGUCGACCAGAACGCUGCACUACUGGGGAUCAUUGAUAUGAUGAAGCAAGCAGCCUCCGCGCGUGAGAGUGUACUAGCUAAGAAAGUGGAUAUCAUCCGAACUUUAGAGGAAGAAGUUUCUGCACUUCAACAAUCGAGCAAUAAAAAACAGCUUAAAGAGCUGAAAGAUGAAAAUGCCAAGCUCCGGCAAAUGGUAAAGAUUCAGAAGGAGAGCAUUCAAGCAGCACUCAAGGGCAUGCUGUAA